UUCAGUGCCAUCGUUGCGCUCAGUUACGAUCGGACACGCAGUCGUAGCGCACGUGCAUUUUCAGCUUCUCUUGGAAAGCCACGGCACUAAGCCGCGCGCAAACCGGUUUCUGUAUGUCGGCAUGCAAUGCGUAAGCGACGCGGCCUAAGUAGCGCCGUCCUGGGCCUGGGCUGUGGUCUCCUUCUUGGAUUGCUUUUAUUGCAACGUUCAGUACCGGACCGCCGGGGUGUAAGCCCUCAUUUAUUAGGUACGACGACCUCACGUCGAGAGAUAAGCUCCGGAGGCUUGCUCUUCGUUGGGGUUAUGACGGCACGCAAGUAUCUAGGCACGCGAGCGAAGGCCGUAUAUGAGAGUUGGGGUCGCGAGGUACCUGGACAAAUCGGUUUCUUUUCAUCAGAGGCCUCACGGCCUCCGGUAGAAUGCCCAGAUUUGCCGAUAAUUGCUCUUCCACGAGUCGACGACAGCUAUCCGCCCCAGAAGAAGUCGUUUCUUAUGCUUCAGCAUAUGUGGACGCGAUAUGGGGAACGAUUUGAGUGGUUCUUGAGGGCUGAUGAUGAUCUUUACGUACGUAUGGACCGACUUGAGCAUUUACUCCGGAGCGUGGACUCGCGGAGGCCGGAGUACAUUGGACAAGCGGGUCGAGGGAACUCACGCGAGUUUGGGAGACUCUCCCUGGAGUAUGACGAGAACUUCUGUAUGGGUGGACCCGGAGUUAUAAUGUCGCGAGAAACACUUCGGCGGAUGGUGCCUCACAUUAAGCAUUGCCUAAGUAAUCUCUACACGGCGCACGAGGACGUGGAGCUCGGCCGUUGUGUGAGGAAAUUUGCUGGAGUUUCGUGUACCUGGAGCUAUGAGAUGCAGUCGAUUUUAUAUCACAACAGUAGCGGUGAUCUUGCCUUCACCGGCAAGCUGAAAAGUAAGGAAGUACACAGAGCGAUCAGCAUGCACCCGGUGAAGAGUCCGCCCCAUAUGUACCGUCUGCACAACUACAUGCGGGGUUUGAAGAUACAGGAACUUCAGCAAAAACGAAUCGAAUUGCAGCGCGAUAUGGAGAGAAUGGCACGGAGCCUUUCGUCGCCAUUUAGUACCGACGCAUACUAUCCUUCAGGUCGGAAGAUUCAGACCUACCAUCGAUUACCCCCCUGGGAUUUCGUCUCACGUUCAGAAUAUAGCCUUGUUGAUUCAAAUCCACGCAGACGCAUACAUAGUGAUCUGCGUGAGGGUCUUGAAGACGUGACACGCGAGGUCAUGGCUUCGAUCAACGCUUGCUCGAGGCAACGGGGGCGGCUAGUUGAGGAACGUCAGGCACUCUACGGAUACCGAAGGCGUACCGCUGUCGGAGUCGACACCGUUCUCGACCUUCUCCUGAUUUACAAGAAAUACCGCGGCAGGAAGCUCACACUCCCCGUACGCCGACACCUUUAUCUUCACCAGCAUUUUACCGGUCUGGAGACACGAGAGGUACCAUCUGAUGAUUUAGAUAAGAGGGUCAUUCAUUUUAUUGUGCCAGUAUCAGGACGCCAAGAAGCAAUGCGUCGCUUUCUCCAAAACUAUGAACGUGUGUGCUUGUCACGAUUUCAACACACAAAGCUCCUUGUUGUGGUUUAUUCAAGUAACGAGCUCGAAACUAUUUCCAUAAGUCGAUUGAUUGAACGACUGAAACGUAACUACGGUCAACAGAAGGUACAAAUGAUUGAGGGUGUGGGCAACUUCUCAAGAGCACGGGCUCUCGAUCAAGGAACGACUCUUCUCCGUGAAGAUGAUCUCAUGUUCUUCAUUGAUGUUGACAUCAGCUUCGAGAUGCCGAUCCUUCAAAGAAUACGUCGGAAUACUCUGAAAGCUAAGCGUAUCUACUUCCCCGUAGUCUUCAGUCAGUAUAAUCCAAAAAUCAUAUUCGGAAUAAGCGAUCAAGAUAUUAUUAGCGAUGUUAAUGGCUUCUGGCGGCUCUUUGGUUUUGGUAUCGUCGCCAUAUAUAAGAGCGAUUAUGACGCAAUGGGUGGCUUUGACCUCUCUAUUGAGGGUUGGGGUAAGGAGGAUGUUGAUCUCUUCGAGAAAGCUGUUCAAUCGGAACUUCAUAUCUUUCGUUCAUCGGAUCUAGAUCUUAUACACGUAUUUCAUGGAAUCAAUUGCGACAAAUCAUUAAAGGAGCAUCAGUUGAUCAUGUGUAAAGGCACAAGAGCUGAUACUUAUGCAAGCACCCAACAGUUGGCCAGUCUUAUUUACCGAAACUCGGAAUAUCUCGAUUUCGCUAGAAUGAAGCGUCUAGUUAAUAUGACAAGCCCUUCAGCAUAGUAAAUUACCUUUGCUUUAUAAGUUAAAGAUGGAUUCGCUUGAUUGCCGUUAUAAGCAUAAUAUCCAAGAAUAUUGCUCCAGUGAUUAUUUAUGACUGAUAAUUGUAUAUUAUUAAGAUAAGUUGUUUGAAAUUUCAAGACUUUUAGAAAAUACAUUACGGAAUACAUGUGAUAUAGGGUGUCUUGUUCAAACAUAUGAUAUAAAUAUUUUGAUAAAAUAUUGCAUAAAUACAAUAACAGUGCUUGUGUGUAAUUAUAAUCGUGCUUUUCAUAUAUCUUAUUAAAUACGUUAUUAUAAAGUACAAGUUCUAAUGAUGAAUUACUUUAU